AUGGCGCGCCUUCUCUUCCGUCUUCUCCUUGAAUCCAACUCUCCCUUGCCGGCGGCUGAUACCUCCACCGCAGCUUUGAAUUCCGAUCUCGUCGUCAUCCUCGCUGCUCUCCUCUGCGCCUUGAUCUGCGUCCUCGGCCUCAUCGCAGUUUCUCGAUGCGUCUGGCUCCGUCGUCUCGCAGCCGGAAACAUAACCGCCUCCGGAGCUCAAGGCAGUUCCGGUCAAUCUCCUUCACCUCCUGUCGCAGCGGCGAACAAAGGACUAAAGAAGAAAGUACUCCAAUCUCUCCCCAAGCUGACUUUCUCGCCGGAAUCACCAUCGUCGGAGAAAUUCGCCGAGUGCGCGAUUUGUCUGACGGAAUUCUCCGCCGGCGACGAGCUUCGGGUUUUACCGCAGUGUGGUCACGGAUUCCACGUGUCUUGCAUUGACACGUGGCUCGGGUCUCACUCGUCUUGCCCUUCUUGCCGUCAGAUCUUGGUGGUUGCCAGGUGUCACAAGUGUGGCGGUUUGCCCGGUAGCUCUAGCUCCGGACCUGAACCUGAAAUCGAGAUCCGAAUCAAGCAAGGCGAAGAUGAUCCAAAUUCCUUCUUGCCCUGA